AUGUUAAAAGAUGUUGAUAUAUCAGAUGAAUUUUCUGCUGACGAGGAGACGUCAGGAAAUGUUGAGGAAAAAGAGGUAUUGCAAAUUGCAAUUAUCAUGCCCAGUGAAUGAAGACGACGACGACUCUUGCGUUUGUUAAACGAAUAAAACUUUCGCGCAGAGGAUAAGCUUUAAAUACCCUUGAUAUAUUGUGUUUUUUCACACCCAGUCUCUAUUUUUUUCAUAAGAUAAUGUCACUCAUCAAGGAGCUGGGCUUGGACAAAGUCACCUUCAAAGGCGAAAAACUUAAGUGAGUAUUCAUUAACAUGCAGUCUAGCUCGAUCAUACUCAGUCUUGAGUGGUGGAUGUUAACGUAGAGUGAAAAAAAUUACUCGGGUAUCCUGAUAAAAAUUUAGAUUGAUGCCUUCUUGGCAUACUAGAUAGCCAUCAUGCAUAACUUGAAGUGAAACGAUUUUGCCGGUAAGCAAAUAAGGUAUUGAUUGAGGAUCUGUGAUAAUAAAAAAGUUUGAUUUUGAAUUGCUUUCAUUGAUUAUUAUCCAGUAGUGAGCUUGAUAUUAAUCAAGACAAAAGUGCAGGUACUUCUGUAAAAUCUAAGGAAAGUCUCAAGAAGGAUCAAGAAGAAAAAAGUGCAAAGAAAGAGAAGAAAAAUCAGAGGAAAGAAUCAGAAGUCACAAAUACAUCCAAAUCUACAGGAUCAACUGUGACACAGGUCCCCCAAGUUUUGCCUGAAAGAAAAGGAGGUCCAAGGCAAAAACUUCUGAUUAAACCUGGUGGCCUGUGGUAUGAUUUGGUAAGUGACUUACAACAAUUCAAUCAUCUUUGAAAUAAAAGUUUGUAAUUAUAAACCGACCAAGAGAACAGAGGAGUGUUAAAGUUACAUGUAAUAUGGAAAUAGAAAGAGCCUUUAUCUGAUUUGUGGGUACAAUCAAGUUAAUUUAAUUAUCAUUUCUAGCAGUAACUUUAUUAUUUCAUAAGUUUCCAUGUUCAAUAUUCAUGUGCCUUGUGUGGUACUUUUUUUUUUUGUUCCUUACACAUUUGACGUCAUCUAUGAUCUACUACUGAAAAGAAACACUACAACAUAGAAUCUACAUUUGUAUUUGAUAAAAACUUCAUACAUGCUUCAUGAGUUGUAAGUAAAGAUACAGUGUAGAAUUUGUUUUUAAUAGAAAUGAUUUCAAACUACAGGUUGAUUUACACUUUCUGUGUCUUCAUUUUUACUACAUUAUUUAUUUGUUAUUUAUCUAAACAAUGUUAGAUCCAUGUAUGAAUUAAACUAAUUUUACACUGUUUUGGUCAAUAUUUGCUUUAAAAUCAAUAAUAAUUAUCAACUAAUUUGAUAAUAUAUAAUUCAUUGUUACUGCCUUUUUUUCUGUACUUCUCUGCAGCUUGUUGAAAACAAUACCACUUACCCCACCCCUGGUAAGGAUGAUAUUAUAUGCCUCUCCAGGGAAGCAGCUGAUCUUUUUGAGCAGGAAGUUGGCAUCUAUGAUAAAAGUGAGUGUGUAGCUGUACAGCAAGUAUUCUUUCAUGUUAAGUUGUGUUGCUAGUAGAUCUCCUUGCCUUAGAGAGACCUGAUUUAACUAAACUUGAAAUGUUAUGAUCCACAUUAAUCAGUGGUGAUUACAUCAAGAGAAAUGUUUUGGUGUGUUUGUUCAAUGAUAGAUCAUACAUGUAGAUAACAUCAAAAUGUGGUAAGAACACCUCAGUGCAGUCAUGUAUGUCAGUAAAUUGAGUGUUUUUACCACAUUACAUCUUUUGUGACCAAUUACUGUUCUAUAUGGCAACAUAGAAUCUGUUUGUCUUACAUGAUAAAAAAGCAAAAUAUUGUUAAUGGUGACAUGACAGCUGUCUUCCAAUAGAUCAUAGUUAUUAGAACCAAUCCAGGUGCUUGUAUACUCUGGCUUAUCAUAUAAACAACAACAGAUACUUCUGUUAGUUUUACCAACAUAUCUGUAACUUACCAGUAUGAGUGCCUCAGGUAUUUAUGACCAAAAGUGAAGAGGCAGCUUUGCUACCUUAUUUCUAUUUAUUUGAAUUAUUCAGUGGGUCUAACUACUUUUUAAUUGUACUUUUUAGUGAAAGUAAAAGAGAAGUCAUCAGAUACACAGUGGUUAAAAUCUGUUGUAAGCUCAGGAACAUUGACUGACAAAGUUGCUGCACUCACUGUUCAAGUCCAGGUAGGUCUAAGAACAGCUUAAGGAAACAGCUGACUUAAUAUGAACAGAGGGAAAAAAAUGUAGACUAACAUAAAUCCUCAAAUGUUAAUCAAAAUCUCUCUUAAUCGUUCUAUAUAGUCACUUGCUGUUUUCCCUAUUACUGACCUAAGCAGUUUAAAGGACACAUACAUGUAUAUACAUGUAUGACCUGCUUGUUUACUCAUUAAUACUUAGAGUGCUGCUCCUGAAAAUUUCCUACAUACAACUUUUUUAUACCACAUGUCUCUGAAUGAAGGCUAACAUUAAUUAUGGUAGAUUGUAAGCUAACAAUUAGGUUGUAAGCCUCUCCUGUUAAUGGCGUAUGAUGAGUAAGAAAGAUCUAAAUUUUAUUUCUUAUGCCUCCUGACUUAUUUCACAGGAAUCUGCUGUACACGGCCUUAAAACCUUAGAUAUAUUAAUUGGCAUGGCUAAAAAGAAAGGUAGAAGAGAGAGUAUUAUAGCUGUAGGUGAGUUGCAAUGUGAUUUUGUGGAAACUUUUUUUUUUUUUCCUUUAUCUCUAAUUGCAUUGUCUUGCCCAUUAUAUAUCUUGCUAUUAAAAAGUUCUACCUUGCAUUUAUACCCAUAAAUUGGUGUAAGUGACAUCGAUUAGCAGUAAAAUUAUUAUUAAUAGUUGUGCAUCGUGAUAAUUUGUUAUGUUUUUGUAAAUUACAGACAUGUUGAAAGAACUUUGGAUGACCCUUCUGCUUCCAAAUAAUCGGAAGCUUAAAAAAUUUGCUCAGGUUUGUUAACAAUGUGAUGAAAGUUAAUGUGAAAUGGAUAUAAUUUCCAAAUGAACCAGUUAUUAACCAGAUAUUAACUAGCAAAGAUGUUACGUGUAACUUGCACUUUGCAGUUUACUUUGAUCUCAAGUGAAAAUUGCUUUUAUCCUUGGUUCAUUCUUUAUUAUCUUAGCAUAGCUGCUCAGGCUAAAAUGACUCAGGUUCAUAACAUAUUUAUGCCUGCCAACAGAAACCGUAUUAGAAUAAGAAAGAUGGAGCAUAUAUUUUGAUGGAGAUUGAUGGAGCUUUAAAGAUAGAGUAUUUGAGGACGGAAUGCAAAGGUCUGAGGUUGGAUUCCUCAUGAGGACUUAGAAUUUUUCUUUUUGUCCCACAAUUGUGACAAGACAAAAACAUCUUUCUUUAUAAACUUUGUUGUUUUAUUAUUUUAUUUUAUUUUACAUCAUGAUGAUGUAUAUUUCCACUGUGCAGCAUCCACUGUUGUCAUUAGUUGAGAUUGUCCACGUGGGUGGUGGCUGGGAUGAACGAGACAAACGUCUUAUUCUGUGGUACUUUGAGGAGCAGCUGAAACAGAGAUAUCAAGAGUUUGUUGAAGUUGUUAAGGUAUUUGUCAAUCAAUAGUUUCCUCUGAAAAUUGUAUACUGGUAUCAUCCUAAAAAAAAUUACAUUCAUAAUUAGUCAGAUGUGAAACAGAAUUUGGAACAUUAUAAAAUAUUUUAUGUGAGCAUUUUUUUUUUUCAUAAACAAUUUUUAAACAACACUUUAAAAGUAUAGACACAUGGAACAUUUUUUUCACAAAUUAUAUAGAAACUGAUUUUUGUUUUGAAGCACUAUUAAAAGAAAGCAAGAAAAAUUAUAAAUACACAAAAAUCUUCAUAUAUUUUUUGAUAAGUGAUACCCGUAUCUUGGAUUGUUUUUCAGAAACUUCUUCAGGACACUUUGGUAAACAUCAGAAGCAAAAUACUGGGUAAGAUAGACUUAAAGAAUGCAAUAACCCUUUGCAGGCUAACAUCAGUAUUUCAUACUUCAUACUCUUCUGUAUAUGUUUGCUUUAGUACUGAUAACGUGAAUUCAUUAAUUAGCACAAGCUUUUCAGCUUGGUGAUUAUUCCUUUUUCAAAAGGAUAGCAAUGUGCCUCAGAUAUCCACAGGCUUCCUCUGCUCUGUGGCUACCCUGCCCACAGGCAGUAUACUGCCCCCCCCCCCCCCCCCCCCCCCCACAGGGCUGUAUACUAUCCCCAACAUGGUUGUAUACUACCCUCCCCCCUAAAAAAAAAAAAAAAACAUGGUUGACAAAUUUCUUUGACUCAACUGUGAGUGUCUAUUUCAGAAACCUGUUGACACCGAUUAUAUCAGUGGAAUGAACAACAAUGGCUGUCUGUUAAAAGAGGCUCAUCAGGAGUCUUGGUUCAUUGAUGUCAUGAUUGAUUAAUUGAUUAUAAUGACAAAAAUUGAUUUACAGGAGCCGUGUUUGACUUAUUGUCAGAGAAACCAGAACAGGAACAAGUGAGUUACAAUGUACUUGAAUGAUUCACACCACAUAUGAAUUGAAUGUAAUAAAUCAUUUUGCAAAUCAAGCUAGGUAUAACUAUUUUUAAUUGGGAUGUUACCAGUCUAUGACUGUGAGUAGAAUCUUCUUCUUCUUCUUCUUUUUCUUCUUGUAAUGUUAUUAUUAUAAUUACUAUUAUAACUGAUAAUUUGGAGUGAUGCUAUUUUUAUCAUCAUCAUUUUUGGUUCUUUGGCAAAAAGAGUUUGAAUAGAUAUCAUGUUCUAGCAGAUUAUUUGUCCAUCAAGUGCUAGUUUUAUUGUCAUUAAUCAAUAUGUUAUUAACUUUAUUUGUGUAUUUUCUAUUGUUGCAGGUUUUGUUAAGUCUACUGAUAAACAAGAUAGGAGAUCCUGACAGGAAAAUAGCAUCAAAAGCAGUUUAUCUGUCAAGAUCACUAGGUGAGGGGUUAGUUUUAUAGGUUUCACAGUCAAGCCUAUUUUUAGCCUUUUCCCCGUUAGUAACAGGGAGCAAAAAAUUUGUUAGGAGUCAAAUUAGCCGCCAGUCACCCCUAGAGAUCAAAGGGGUAACCACCCACUCAGAGUGUUCAUUCUAAGCGUUGGAGAUUAGGCAAUUUUUGCGGUUGCUAAGCAAAGCUAUGCGGCUUUCCCAUGCUAUUUUUCCUUCAGUUGUGGAGCCAUUUAAUUUGUAGUUUUCCUCCUUUUUUUGUCUAAUUCUCUGGCUAUUUGUACGUCUUCUAUCCUUCCUUGAUGUAAACUGUGCUUAUUAACUCACUAUCUUGAAUUAUGCUUUGCAUGAACUAAUAGUUUAUACAUUAAACUUUGUCAUUGCUUCGCUUCUUUUCCUCCAGUAACUAAACAUCCAAAUAUGAAAUUAGUGGUCACCAAGGAGAUCGAAAAACUUCUCUACCGACCCAACAUUGCCAUUAAAGCUCAGUAAGUACUGUUCAUGUAGUGUUAGAGUUCUAAUGCAUAUAACUUGCUUUUAGAGCGCCUUUUAAUCGAUUGUCGUAGAACCAGAACCAAAGUAAUUGCAACAGCCUUUCUUGACAAGGAGUGAUAUCGCAAGGAGCCAUUAGUUCCAGAUAUAAAAACAAACAAACUGUUUGACUUGUCACCUCCUGCAACUAGGCUCAGUUUGCUUUUCUUUUUGCAGAUAUUUUGCAGUGUGUUUUCUCAAUCAGUUAAUCCUUACCAAACAAGAUGGUGAACUUGCCACCAGACUUAUAUCCAUAUAUUUUUCAUUCUUUCGGGUAAGCUAAUACUCCUUACGUACACUUUACAGGGUAACAUUCACUGAUAAUGUGUAGCUCAGUCUAGUUGUUUCUAAUAUUGUAGGCAGCAUUUUUCAUUAGUCUGAUCCUUCCAAACCAUUUCUGUGGAAUUAAUUAGAUACGCUAUACUGUAACGAAAGAAACUUUAAAGAUCUUUGGAUGCGCAUUUUCUGAUUGUUUGGGUUUCCAUCGCCUGACAGGUACUCAGGGGUUUCACCCAGACCUCUCACCGCCGUCUAUUUAGCCAGAGAACUGGCUCUGGUGUGUGGGUUUUGCCUCACAGCAUAGCCGACAUUACGCCAUCGGCAGCCGCGUAAGGAAAGAGUUAUUGAAACCCCUGGACCGUACUAAUAAUUUUUUCUACGACCUGCGUUCGCCACUAAAGGAAUAACAUCCUUCAAUCUUGUAUGAGUUACUCAGUUUGAACCUAAAAACGUUCAAAUGUGGCUUUGGUAGUGUAAAUGAAGGCCACUCAUUUCUACCUCUUCCUGCCUUUAAGCCGCCCCCCCCCCCUUGGAAAUGCCUUGAGCUGUGUAAUGCCCCACUGACAAGUUACAAAUAUAUGCAUGUUAGCUGUUGCCAAAUCCUAGUAGCCUAACUGUACGAAUUAUCAUCGUUGUCUACCUUUUUCGACAGGCUUUUUUAACAAAGGGUGAAUUAGAAGCAAAAAUGUUGAGUGCUCUUCUUACUGGGGUAAACAGAGCGUUUCCAUAUGCAAAAGGUAUAAAACAGCAGAGAGUUAUUGUUGUGGCUUAGUAAUAAAAGUGUGUGGAUUGCUUGAUGAAAAUGGUAGAAGUAUCGAAAGUCUGUUACAACACUCACCACUUUGUUUGGAAACAGACACAGUGAAGGCAUUUUCGGUGGAGAAAGAGGUUCAUUUAUAUUUAGUUUCUUGGUCAACGAGUGAACACAAUAGCCCUCGGAACACCGGAAUUAACGCGUGCACGAAGGUAGGUUCACACAUGUUCAGUCUGCAAGCUUAUUUUUAAGAUGGCGAUUUCUUCUCCUUUGCAGAAGAGGACGAACAGUACAAUGAACAAAUAAACACUCUGUUCCGAACAGUGCAUAUUGGAACAUUUAACACGAGUGUACAAGUGAGUGUUCAUGGACGAAACCCUCUGGUUUAUUUGUUUUGAUAUCCACAUAAUCCUAAUGCAUGCAUACGGUGACGAAAAUUUGUCGAUAAAUGCGGUAUGAAACGAUAACGUGCAAACCGUACGGAAAGCUUUUUAUUUUCUGGUAAUUUUCGUUCUAUUGCCGAAAUCAACUCGUAAUUCCAUAGGUUUUACUUUUACCUGCUCUAUGAAUAACAGAGGAGCAAUUUUUCAAUGCCAUUGAUCAGAGUAGCCCGUGUGCACAUACGAGUUUUUCUCAAAUUAUUAUUCAUUUCACAGGCUCUGAUGUUACUGUACCAAGUCAUGGAAUCAAGGUAUUAACAUGUAAUACUUAUUGUAUUUGUUUGUUAUGGAAUCGUUAACAAGUACGGUUGCUACUUGGAAGCUCUGUCCACGUACAGUGCAUGGGAAUGAAAAUUGCUUUUGACUAUAUGAUCUGCGAUGUGAAUUUACGCAACAGCUACAGUUUUAAAAUUUAAUGAAUCCCUCUGCUGGUUGGUCCCGCUGACUGCCUGGACAAUUCAAAUAAGUGAAUUUUCAUAAGUUUUAGUAUUGUUUGCUUAAAAUAAUUGUUUUUCUUUUCGUAGGCAGUCCGUGUCAGAUCGCUUUUAUUCCGCCCUUUAUGCUAAACUCCUGGAUCCAAAUCUGAAAACAUCUGGUAAACAGGUGAGCAUGUUUCAUAGUAUGGUAACACUUCCUCUACAGUGGCGCUUGCUAAUAAAAACAGGUUGAUAUUGAUUGAAUUAGAGCAUGAAUUUCGCCUCCCAUGCUAGUGAAGGGUUUUUUGGAAGUAGUGUUGGUUUGGGUAGGAGCUUGGAUGAAAUAAGGAGGUUUGUCACCUCAGGAACAUGGGAUCUACUCAGCAGGUUGAAUUUUUGUGUGCUUGAGAGUUUCACAGAAAAGAUCGCUUUUCGAUUGGGUGUCGUUAAACCAAAACCAAAGAAAUCACAACAGCCAAUCAGAAGAAAGGAAAGAACACUUAAAAACCAAUGAAAGCUUAAAGUAAAAACAACCAAACUGCUUGAAAGGCGGGAAAACGGCAGCGACCGAAAGUGGCGCGAGUUUUUUGGACCAAUCAGAAAAGUUAAGAAAAAACAAAGCAAUCCCGGAUGACUUUGAUUUUCUUUUUCAUACAAAUACAGUGAUAAACUAGGUCUGGACGAAGCAGUUUUCUGUUAUUUGAUUACGCAAUUGUUCUUCAACAAAACCAAUCAAGUAGCGGACAUGGAAGAGCUUAACUCAGCGCACCAUGAUUAAUGAAACUUGUUCUUCCUUUCUUGCUUCUAAAGGCCGUAUUCUUGAAUAUUUUGUACAAGUCCGUUAAAAGUGACCCUUCACUGCAUCGUGUUAAGGUAAGGGUGUGUUGUCUGAGUAUAAAUGAUUCGAGAAAGAGAAACGACUUCAUGUUUUUCUCGAUGCUAGAUCUUUUUCGCGUUGACGGUGCGUUUGGUUUUGUGACGGACACAGGCUGUGUGUUCAGCAUCAAUAACAAUCUGUGCAAUUACGCUCUUAUAACCCGUUCCUUUGACAAACAAAUGUACAAGCAAACAAAAAAACCAAUGCAAAACAAACAAACAAAAAAUACAAUGAAUAAGAUGAAACAAAACAAAGAAAAAACAAAUAAAAGAAAGAGAACAGAUACUACACAAAUAAAUGCUUAUAACUUGUCUCAUAAAGCCAGGUUUCAUAUGGAGGUUUCUACAUGGCCAAUGUUGUUGUUGUUAAUGAUAAGGGUGUUAACACUAUUUUUAUCUGUUAUAAAGUUUUAGAAUUUUGCCAGCCAGUAUGUCAACGUGUCUCUUUAUUUUCUAGGCGUUUGUAAAACGUAUCGUACAAGUUUGCAGUUUCCAACAGCCAUCAUUCGUCUGUGGAGCGCUAUUUAUGAUUUCCGAGGUGAGUUUUUCUUUUACUUGGUGAGUUAUUCAUUUUGCAAACACACUCACACACAAAAAGUGCAAAUAACAUUUGCAUGGCCGGGAGCGGGGACGUUGUACUGGGAGCUACGCUUAUGCUCGGAGUGACUGGGACAGAGUGCAAAAUAGGGAUUUUGGUCUCAGUGGAAGUGUAAACAACGAAACGACAGAAUUUUCAGCGUAGCAUUUAUGAUUUCUGUCAAAAAGCAAAAGCAAAUAGAGGAGUGUAAUAGGAUAACUUCCUCUUCAUGUAUAUCGGCUCCCAGUCUUUCUUUAUGACGAUACUUUGGUUUUCUUUUUCUCACUCUAAUUUCAAUAUGCUAUUGUAAUAUCUGGAUGGUGGAAUUUAUUUCCCUACCAAUAUGAGAAAGCGACGAUAUUUGUUUAUUUUUUUACGACAGGUAGAUUAAAUUUUUAAAACGGUCGAGCGAUCCUUUUACUUCUUGAAUUUUCGAGAAUUCCAAGCCAUUAAAGGCGGAAGUAAGGGGUACUGCAGUCCUUCGGUUACUGCAUGAGAAAGGGAACACUAAUAAUGCCUCUAACUGUCCUUCCAAUAAUUUUUUUGUCGUCCAAGCUCUCUCAGUUUUCUAGCCCUACUGGUCGCCUGUGAUAAUGUGAUUUUAAGUUUAAAGGGAACCGAAGCCUAAAACUCUGAUUUUAGUUGCAUCCAUUUCUAGUUAGCUUUAGAGGAAUGAUAUAUAGUCUCGGUAUUCAUUUUCGUUCACUUCUUGUUCUUCACAAGAAAACUAGGUUUAAGUUCCCUUUUUCCCGCUGUAAAACCGUCGGCGCUCAAAACGAUUAUCAGCGGUUGAACGUCAGUGGUGGGGUAUGAAACACCUCUCUCACCUAUAAAUGGCCGCACAUCAGCGCAUAUUAUGAUAAAUUUUAUAUUUAUCGGUCUUUAUUUCGCAAAUAUGAGUGGUGUGUAGCCCUUCCAGUUUGAGCCGAAGCGAAGAAUCGAAUCGGUAGAAGACAUAAGUCUUUGCAGCGGAUGGCUCACUAACGAAACUGGUCUCGGGGUUGCGUAGAGCCCUGCUGAGUUUUGCCAUAGAUCUCUCGCCCGCAGACUACUGAGCUGAUCACAUUUGCAACUAUCUUCCAUAAAUGAAAGCAUCGAAUUUUUAAAUGAUCACUCGGGAAAAGAAUAGAACGUGGACGACUAUUUAAAACUAAUUAUGCGAAGUUAAAAGAAUGACUGAAUAAACACAGACACACUCAUGGAUCGAUUUUUGACAUCCACAACCAAUCCAAACUCAAGUUGAAGCCAAACAUUUCCGUAAGAAUUUCAUCCCCGUAAGAAGUCACACAACUUCGGCAAACACCAGUGGCGUAAUAUCAACUGCUGAUAUCGAUUUUCUGAGCCGCGGUGCUAAUGGGUCAAAACACAGUAUGAAACAAUUUUUUCAGGCAAAGUUAAACCCCACCCCCCCUCAAAAAAAAAAAUUAAUUUGAAAAAUGAAAAAACGCUCGAACAUUGACAUAAAUUGCUAUAAGCAGCAAAUGUUUCAAUUUUAGGCUUUAGUUCCCUCUAAGGUGCUUGUUUCCUUUUAGCUUACAAAGCUGAAGCCAGGAAUCAAGAGCCUAACACAGCAACCAGAGGUGGGUAGUUUCUUUGUCUCAGCGCUUUAUAUUAGUCUUGUACAAUUAAGUCUUUACACCCAAACAUAAGCAUGCAAAUUCUUGUACUGUUCUGUGAACACUUCCUCGGCGGCCGACAAGGAGAAUUUGUUUAACAAUCGAGAGGUUCUAGAGCGGUGGUCAUUUUCUUUCCUCUCUUGACCUCAAUGUUUGAUUUAGGAGAGACAGUGUAGAUAGAAAAUAGACGCUAGUCACUCUUAGGGGUUCAAGAGUCAAGAGAGGCACAAUGGCGUUAAAAAUGCUAGUAGUUUUAAUAAACUCUUUGUUCACAUUAUCGGAGAAAAAAAUUUCGGCAAUCGGAAAUUGAUCAUAUAAUUUACUAAAAUGUUGUAGCGAACUGAAAACCGUAAAAAGAUCGAGAUAGCCGAAAAUGGUACAGUUCAGAAUGCAUCUAAGAGCCAAAUAAAUUAAAAAAAAAAUAAUAAGUGGCUCCGCACUAUAUACACAUUAUCGUGUACCAGUGUAACAUAACUUUGUUAUUACAAUCAUCAAAGUUGACGAGAUCAUUUUGGAAACUGUUCGUGUGGAGAACAAACUCCGUGUGGAUUCCAAAUGAAACAUUCUACAGAUGAGUGGGCAUUGUCUCGGUUCUGGUCGCGUCCCGUCAGCCUGCUUCGAUUAACUUUGCAUAUCAGUUUUGAAACCUUGAUGUCUCGAACCACUCAGGUUGUUCCCUCCGCGUGAAAUGUCUCCAACUGGCAUCAACGAGAGCAAAACAUCUUGAAAUUGGAAGUGUCUCAAGAAAAUAAUUUUUUUCGUGCUGUUUUGAUUCUACUGCACCCUUGGUAGUCUAGUCAUGGUAAUUUUAUCCCUCAGUUGUAAUUGUUUUUGCAUGGCACUUAACCAACUAAUUUUCAUAUCACAUCAAAUCAUCUUUUCACCAAAGAAAAGGAAUCUAACUUUAGAAUUUCGGCCCUCCUUUAUCUAAAUUUUCCUAGGAGUUCCUAGGAGUUAGUUGAAAGGAUAAGAUUUUCGUAGAACCAAAAUGUUACAUUCACGGGUGUUGCCCUCUAGAACCGUUAAUCAUCGACUGUCUAAAUAUAACUCUUCCCUUCUUUUAUUUGUUAAUAGCUGAAACAAACUAGGGUCUUCAAGGAACCAAGAAAACAACUUUUAUUUUUUUUUCCCCAUAAUUCACAGGCCCCAUUUUGGUCUGAUGAACUUCCCUAGGUGUUCGAAGCUCCUGCCUCGAGAGGAGCGAGAGGGCGAAAAGUCUUAAAUUAUCAAAGCGUGACGCUAUUGUCUUUCCAAAUAAAGCGCGGUGUUUUUUUGUUUUUCUUUGUCCCACGCUCGUGACAAGACGAAAAGAAAUCUUUCACUAAAGCGUUGUUGAGUUACCUAAUAACCGCUGAGAACUUGCUGAAGGUCUCAACGAAUAUUGUGGCCCUUCAUACGGCGUAUUAACAUUUUCCGCUCAGGAUAAGCUAAGCUCGCUCACCUUGUGGGUGUGUUUAAUGGUUUUUGGUAAUCUACGCCGGCUUAAGCCUUCUUUACCACACAAGUCGUAUUCCCUUCACAAGACGACUUAAAACCGUUGCAAUAGUUAACUUAAAACUAACUCAGUUUCCAAACCGACUGAUGUUUAUUUUAGCUUCUUCAUGAUGUUUGCUCGAAUAGUUGUUUGGUUGUUUUGUAUUGACCAACUCGCCGCCUUGAAGGAAUUUAAGAGAGCUUUUCAAGCUGGUGAUGCUAUGCUUGGCGGACUCACAGUGUUACAUUACAAGGAUUCGAACGACAAAUGCGGUUUAGGCUUCUUUCCUGUUGGUCUCGGUCACGCUGAAGCUAUGAUCUUCACGAUCGAACAGAUCAACAAUGACCCUUCAUUGCUUCCGAAUGUUACUCUCGGCUUCGACAUCCGUGACUACUGCGAAACUGUGUCUGUUGCCGUUAAAGAAACAUACGACUUCGUGCGAGAUGCAGAUUUGUAUCAUAUGUAUACGAACAGAAAUUUCAGCAUGGAUAACGAAACAGCUUUGUGCUACAGCAGAGAUGCUGUUGCUCCUGUUUCUACGAUUCUUGGGCCGUACGACUCUGCGAGCGCUGUUCAGAUAGCAAGUCUUCUCAGCAUGGCCAAAAUCCCAAUAAUAAGCUUUGCUGCAACAAGCGACGAGCUUAGUUCCAAUCAAUAUCCAUACUUCUUAAGAACAGUUCCGCCUGACAGACAACAAGCGAGAGUGCAAGCAGAUCUGUUUGAAUACUUCAAAUGGACGUAUAUUGGUACGGUAGCUCUGGAUGAUUCUUACGGGCGGUUUGGCGUCUCCGCGUUACAGAAAGAGGCGUAUAAUCGAGGAACCUUUUGCUUGGCCUUUUCAGAGUUUAUUCCGCGUCUUCGUGCUGCCACUGAUAUGUGGCAGAUUGUGUCACGCAUUAAACAGCAGAGCAGUGUCAAAGUCAUCGUGGUGUGGGUCUUCGGUGGAUAUGCGAAGCUUUUCUUCGAAGAAGUUCACAGGCAGAAGCUCGGGCGACGGACCUGGAUUCUCGGUGAUGGAACGAGUACGGAGGAUAGCGGGCUGCUUGGACCGUUAUUUCGUCUACUGGACGGCGCCAUUGGCGUUCAGCCACGCGAUCGCAAAGGUGAAACUUUCCUGAAUCACUUGUAUUCCUUAACGCCGAAUAAAACUCGUUUAGGAAGGAAUCCGUGGUGGGAUGAAUACUGGAAAAAAUUUCGGAGUUGUACCCUUGACGCAGACAGCGCAGCCGACCCAAGGUGCUCUAAUGUACCGUUGUCACACAAUGAAGUUUCCAAAUUGUUCGAUCCUUACCUUGGCUACCUUAUAGACGCCAUAUUUGCCGUGGCAUUCGCCUUAGACAAGCAAUUCAGGUGUCGCGCUUCAGACCGAGAGCCUCCGGGGAAAGCAUGCUCCGAUAGAAAGGAUCUGUUGUCCCACUUGAAAAAUGUCAGUUUUCCAGGACUCACUGGCGUCGUAGAAUUUGACCGCGAAGGUGAUCCCAAGAAUUCGUUCUUUGAAAUUGUGAACAUCCAAAUAAAUAGCAAGGGAAUUGCAAAGAAGGCCCUGGUAGGAUUUUGGAAUAGUGUUAAGAAGCCAAGGUUGUCACUGAACGACUCUGCGAUCAAAUGGGCAAACGCCACUUUUGCUACAACGGUACAGUCUUCAUUCUGCAGUCAAGUGUGUCCCCCCGGAACUAGGCAAGAGGUGACCACUUCAUGUUGUUGGAAGUGCGUUACAUGUCCGGGGGGCACAGUCAGCAAGUCACCUGGAUCUACCAACUGCACGGAGUGCUCGCAUAAACGAAAGCCGAACGACGAUAAAACGAAAUGCGAGGAUCUGCCAGUGAAAAACCUUCACUUCAGAGAUGCAGCUGGUGUAUUCCUUUCUUGCGUGACAGCGCUAGGAUUUUGCGUGACCGUGGCUAUGUUUCUUGUGUUUGUGCAAUACCGCGAGACACCAAUUGUGAAAGCCUCGAAUAGACAGCUCAGUUUUCUCCUUCUUGCUACGAUCUUCUCCAGUUUUACUCUGGCGCUGUUGAGCAUUGCAGAGCCAACUGAUUCUAUUUGUCGCUUGAUUCAGUUUUCCCGGUACGCAAUCUACACCACUUUUGUAUCCAUAUUGUGGCUGAAGUCAGUUCGCAUUUUCGUCCUUUUCCAAGUCGACAGUUCAGAGAUGCCCUUUCAAAGUUACAUUUCAAGGGUGAAAUACCAAGUCGGUUUGGUUGCUCUAGUGAACAUUGUUGACAUCGUGCUGUUAACCGCAUGGUUCGCUUCAGAUCCGCCAUACAGAAACGAGAAGAUACAACCGACCCAGUUUAUCUUCUACACUUGUAAACUGUACGGGUCGUCGGUCGGAAAAUCGUUAUAUUUCAUGGUCUGUUCGUAUGUGUUGUUGCUUUCAUUGCUUUCGUCUUUUUAUGCAUUCAAAGUUCGCAAAGUGCCAGAUAAUUUCAACGAGGCGCGCUUCAUCGGCUUCUCGCUUUACAUAAUUUUGUUGUCUGCACUGUGUUAUUACUCGGUGGAUUUCUCAAUGCAGGAAGGUUGGUAUGUUUCUGUUAUAGCCUGCAGCACAACACUAGUGGAUUCGUUUGGCCUGCUUGGCUGCAUGUUUAUUCCUAAAGCUUUCAAUAUCUUGUUCCAUCCUGAAAGAAAUAAGAAAGAGUUCGUUGGGGCUCAGAUCACCGCGUACGUUUGGCGGAACACGCAGUUAGCCAAUGUGAAUACGCGUGAUGACAGACCAGAGAUCAGCCAAAGCACCUAAAGUAUUGAUUUUGAGUCUAAGAACUAGAAACAAGAUGAACGUAACAGGAUUGAUGGCUCCAUUAAGGAAACUCUACUCUGAAAUCUCAGAAUUGAUUUAUGUGUAAACUUCUCUGUACAUUUCCAGUAUACAGAAAAUAUUGACGAGAGUAGCUAAGUUUAUCAUCUAAUCGGUGGUAAUUAAAUGAAACCCCAAAUUUUUCUAUCCGUUUUAUUCAUUAAGCUUUUAAUAUCCUGUUCCAUUCAGAUAGAACUAAGAAAGAGCUGAAAAGGGUGCAGGUCAGCGUACGUUUGGCGGAACAUACACACAAACGUGCGGUGAUAGUUUUCAUCCAAGCUGACGCUGUAACGCAAUUAGCUUUUUGAUUGAGUAUGGCAACAAUACCUGCUGUUAGAAGCGCUAGUUUGGCAACUUAGAAUUUUACUUUUUUUCGCCUUUUUUGUGCCGUUUAAUAGCAUUGAGUGAUUUGGAUAUAGCUAUCAACAAUAAAAUAAAUAACUCUUACUGUCUUCGUUAUAGUUGAUGUUUAUUUUAUUUUUUACUUUGAUGUUUGUUUCGUAUUUGAAAGGGCGGGGCGUGUAACGCACGUCGAGUCACAUGAACUUAAGAUUCUUAUCUUUUAAAUUCCACUUACCAUUGAUCAGACAGAGAUGGACCACGUUUCUGCCAGUUUAGUUCUUCCUAACAUCAGUGUAUGGCGCUUCUAAAUCCGAGUUUUCCACUAUUCAGAGCUUUCUAGGUAGAUGUCGUCAGCGCAAAUACAUUUCUCGGUCCAUACACGUGCAUGAACUUCUUGAAAAACAGGAAAGGAUAGUAUUCAAUAAAAUGUCAACUUGGAUUUACCUUCUCCAAGAAAUUUAAUCACCGAGAAAAAGGGGACGAAAUAUAACUUGUUAGAGACAAAUCUCGCCAUUGCCCCAAAGGUAAUGCGGUCCUAUGUAAAGAAAAGAAAGUUUGUUAUCAUGAUGUAGAAUUGAAAGGGUUGACUGACUUUUUUUCUUCUUCCGGCAAACAGAUAGCAAAUAAAAUACACGUCAAUUUUGACCUUCAAUUUAAAUCAAUUUUGAAAUUCUCGAUAACCGCAGGAGGAAGACGAUGAAGAACACUUUGUGGACGUCCCUUCGGAAGAUGAUGAGGACAAAAUCACGACAGAGGUGGUUUCAUCAGCCAGAAAAGAGCCACAAAUACGCCAUCCUGACGCAGCAAAGUCCCCAAAGACUGAAACACGUGUAAGCGGGGCUCAGAAAAGUCAAACCUAUAAGCCCUCCCAGAGAAAUCCGCUGUACAGUGGGGCAGAAAACUCUUGUCUGUGGGAACUCAAUAGGCUUUCCAGACAUUAUCAUCCUUCAGUUUCUCAUUUUGCUCAUACACUUAUGAAGGUUAGUUGUGGCGUGUCUGUGUUUUAUUACCCAUGGCUUGAAUCAAUAUUUAGUGUUACUGUUUGUAAAUAUUCCAUAUUCUUUGUCGCUUUUUUUGCCAAAGCAUUAAUUGUAGUAUUGGAAAACUCGCGCCACUUUCUUAACCACUUAAAUAAGGAGCUAAAACAAACCACGACUUGGUCGCUCCCGUUUUCCUGCUCUUAAGACAGUUUGGUUUUUUUUUUCUUUGAGCUAUUAGUGGUUCUUAAAGGUAUUUUCCUUUAUCUGAUUGACCUUUGUAGUUACUUUGUUCCUGUGAAACUCGCAGGCACACAAGAACGCAACCUGCAGAGUAGAUCCCGUGUUCCUGAGGCAACAAACCUCCAUAUUUAAUCUGAGUUCCCGACCAAACUAAUUCUACUUUCAAAAAACUCUUUGCUAGCAUGGGAAGUGAAAUUCACGGUUUUACGUCACUCAAUCGAAAAGGGCUCUUUGCCUGUUUCAUAGGGUGCAUUAGUCUCAUUAGGCUGUAUUAAACUAAAUAUCCGUACAUACAGCAUCAUCACAAUAAUAUUUCUUCUACCCGAAGAAAGAAUAACUAUUUUGUGUCAAAUCUAUCUGCUGUUUUCUUGACUGUACAACAUAUGUCCAUAAGAUUUAUUGGUGAUUCUCUUUACUUCUCUUUUUAAGGGAAACAAUAUCGAGUACAAAGGAGAUCCUUUGCAAGAUUUUACACUCAUGAGGUAAAGUGCCACGGUCGAACAAUUAUAUUAUUCAGUGACUGGCACUCGUUACUCGGAGUAAAAUAACUUCCUGUGCUCCCUACAGGAGUCGAGCCCGCGAAAUUCCAAUUUCCACUUCAGGCACCCUGCCACGGAGCUGUAGGAGACCAGUGGCAAGCUACACCGUUUAACACGGUUAUUCGCUUUCCGUUGUAACAUGUUAACCAGCCACUUCCUGAGAGGUGGCGAAAAUAGUUUCAAAGAGAAAAAUUAAUAAACAAACAAAUAAAUAAAUGAAUAGAUUAAUGAGAUAUAUUUGAAAAAAGCUUUUUUAUAAGUUAGUAGGCAAGUACAUUAACUGACGAAGCAGAUAAUUUUGUGAUAGCAGACAGUUUAAUUGUCAGAUCUUUGUCGUAGCAAACGAACAAAACAAGUAUCACCAACGACAACUGCUAAAGCGACAACCAAAAAAAAGCGAACAAACAAAUAAACAAAAAUCAUGAAAGUACUUUAUUGAUGUUUCUUGCUUGGCUAUACUUUAAUUAUCAUUUUUUUACAUUCAAAUUCUUUUUGUCAUAUUUUAGGUUUCUUGACAGAUUUGUGUACAAAAACCCAAAGCAGAAGGAACGAGGUAUCUCUUUUCCCUUAUCAUUCGAGGACAUUUGCCCUCCUUAAAAAUUUGAAACCUGUUUCAAAUUUGUUUCAAAUUGUUUUUUAUUCGUGUUUUUCUCCUCUUUGUCCAGAUCACGGUGGUUCACUGAUGCAGCCGAAAACGUCAUCAAGCCGGCUGGCCGAGGAGCCUGGUAAGCGGUGCACAAGAGCACAACCAAUUGAUUAUAAAUUAAAGGAAAAGUAUGCUCUAGAAAACAUACAAUUUUCAUAUCUACCAUUUAAAAGUACCCAUAAACAUUUACAUUUUACUGCGUUAUAAGAUUAAAAAGAGAAACCUAACCAUUGAGAUGUACAAAGGUCCGACAAGGAACGUCGCUACGUUGAACUAAACACAGUGACCCGGCCCACAAACCGCUUCAUAUCUAGACAUCGAAGGAUAACCAUUAUUUGAGUAGAGUAUGUGAACUCAUGCUAUUCCAAUUGUCCAAACAUAUAACUUAAGGAGGGGACGAGAACUUUCUCGUGUAAUUGGCUAGGUUGCUAAGCAAUAUUCAAAAUGGUGGAUUCUUUAAUUUCAUUUUUUCCCAGAUUCUGAGUCAAUUCCCGAAAGUUAAUUGUGAUAAAAUCACAGGGUUUGUGGAGCAUAUUUCUCCCUUAAAGAGUAGUUUUCUAUUAUCCAGGAUUGAUAGCUUUGCCCUCGAGCCAAGGACGCUGGGUCUAUUGCAUAAAAUCGAGGCUCUUUGAUUAACUAUUUCUUGUGAGAGAUUAACGCGAAUCUCACACAGUUUUUUUUCCUGGUAAGUUCCAUGGCAAAUUAGUGAAAGAAAUUCUGGUUGGAACUUCCUCAACGGGAAGAGUUCAAACUUUGCCGGAAAGGAACUUUUGCAGUACUUGAAUGAGUUUUUCAGCUCUUAUCCACAGCAGGUGCAGAUCUGAGCGACAGUGAUUUGCAGUAAAGUACCUCACACUUGCCCUCUAACACAAGAAAAUGCAAUUUCCCCGAUGAAAAUCAUGUUGACUUGCUCAAAGUAAUGUUUAAUGAUUUUGUGUUAAACCUCCUGUUCAUUUGCAGUGAAUACGAAAGAGUUUCUUGCUAAGAAAGAAGAAGAUCUACGAGAAGAUGAACUGUUCUUUCACAGGUAUUAUUGAAUUCAUUGAUUAUCUAACUAGUGGCAUAGAUUCCUUUUACGAACAGCCGUCAGUCAGCUUCAUUUUCAAACUGAAUAUAAGUAUCAGAAUAUAAUUAACAACUAUUCAUUGAGUGGAGGUGGGCAGUGGAUGUUUAGUAGGCCACUAAGGAGUGAGGUAAAUAUCCACUACUUGCCACUGACACCUAGGUGAUUGGUUAUAGUAGUAUAUACUGAAACAGAGACAUAACAUAGCACACAAAGAUGAUUUUAACUUAUUCGUUUCUCUACCGAUUACACCGGCUAUUUUCGGGUGCAAUCCCGUGCGAGUUGCUCUAAUAGCAAAGGAUCUUGGGAAUUUUAGUAGCCUAUCAGAGCGCGUCUUCAACACUAUCCUCUGUUUUAGUAUAUACUGAUUGGUUUUGUCAACUGAGUUGAUGAUGAAAAUUUGCUAUCGUAAAGAGUCUCUAAAGGAGACGUUUCAGGCGUUAGCCCCACGUCAGAGCGAAUUGUUCGCGGAUGAUUCGUUCUGACGAAGGGCUAACGGUGGAAACGUCUGCCUUUGAAACCCUUUACAAUGACCUAUUUACAUUAUCAACCCAUUAGAUAAAACUGAUUAUCUUAUAAUACCCCCCACGCACCGAUAUAUCUCUUAUAUCGAUCGUCCGCUGAGUAAAGGCAAAGGACUUGUCAUAUUUCCUCGUAUAUCUCAGGUAUUUCAAGCGGAAAGCAGAAAAGGAAAGUCAACGGAAGAAGAAAGCUGGUGAAUCUGACCAUGAAAUAUCUGAAAAGGAAACAAAUUUCGGUAUUGUUUUAUUUGUUUAUGGUCGAAAUUUUUGUGUGCGAGUUAUGCUUUAUAGUCUCUCGAUUUACUUUCAACUUAUCUGUUCUUUUCACAGACAAUGUUCUAGAGGAGCGGUCUAGCUUUGAGUAUGACUUCGCGAGGUAAAGUUAUCGCACUUGCAUGUUGAUCGAACUUUGUGAUGGUUUCGCGAUUAAUUUGCCAGUUGAUCGAAUUAAAUUAGAAAAGGAAUCACGUUCUUUUCGUUAGGUAACGAGUCAAAAGAUUUUUGGGUCGAAUUGAGAAGGGGCCAACUUGCAAUGGGGCGAAACCACCAGUUACCCUAACAUUUUAUUUAUAUUGUUUUCAUUACUAUUUAUAGAGAGACUUCUCUCAGAUUUUUUUAGACAGCUUUUCUAUUUUUUCGGUUUAAUAAGUGACUUGAAGAGUUCCAAAAUGUCUACGGCGAGUAAAAACAAAGCAAUCGCCAGCGAUGAAGAGGACGAAGGAGAAGACGAAAACAGCGAGGAGGGUGAAAGUGACGACGAAGAAUUGGAGGGAAAAGGUAAAAGUUCACCAGAAGACGGCAGAAGAUGGCACUUAAAAUAGUUUCAUCUCAUUAUUACUGGUGCAAAUUUUAAUUAUAUGUCGAAAGUGAUCCUUGAUUGCUCAGAUUUUGCUCUACCUAGCUCUGUGAUUGGUUCGGAAAACUCGCGCCAUCCUCUCGACCAAUCAGAAGCAAAAGUAACCCCAAUCACGACUUGGUCACCCUCGUUUUCCCGCACCUUAGCCAGUUUGGUUUUAACUUCAAGUUUUCUUUGGCUCUUAAGGGUAUCGUUCUCUCUUCUAAUUAGUCUUUGUGAUUUCGCUGGUAUUUUCUUAUUAUUUUCCAUUUACCACUUAUAACCUCUUUUUGACCCUGGCUGAGGUCAUUUUCGCACGCCUUAGAUUAAACAGAUUCAACGCUAGGUAAAUAACCUUGCAGAUGUAAAGGGCUCAAUAUCGUUAAUUUAUUUUAGAAUAACGGAACAGCUUGUUGUCUCAGCGAAAUAGUUCUUUAUUAAAUUUGUCCCCUUUGCCAACAGUUUGACGUUGUUUGAAUCUUUUCUCAUCAGAAUUUGAUUAUGACGCUAUGGAUUUGUCAUCUUCUGGAGAUGAACAAGCAGGUAUGUACAACCUUCUCAGUACAAUUUAUUGGCUUAGAUUUCUCCGUUUGAAAAGGGCUCGGCACCAAUUAACCCCUUAAUUCAAAUACGUCAAUAAAUUCCUUGCAGGUCAGUAGAGGGAAUUUGAUGUUGCAACAAGAUAUCAUCCUGUAAAUUAGUAGUUUUUCUAUUCUCGUAACCUGUUUACUGCAGAAAUUAACCGUUUAGCUAACGUUUUUAAUUUCAAUUUGUUUUCUUACCUACAGAGGAGCCAACUACUACACAAGGCAAGAAAAGAAAAUUUACGGAAAAGGAUUACGAGAAGGUAUAAAGCACUAUCAUCCGUUUCAUAACGCGAGCGCUUUACGUUGUCACGCAACGCUGUAGAAGACUGGUGUGACGUGUUGGUAAAUACGGGUGCGAAGUGAGUUCUUUAGGCUAUGAACUAUGCGUCAAUUUGUUACAAUGCCUUCGUCUUGUAGGCUUUGCUUGAAAACCUGAGCUCAGAUGAACUUUCCGAUGAAGAGGGAAGCCAGAUCACGAAAACGAAGUCCAAAAAGGGAAACACUGAAGGGUGAGAGAAGAUACGAUGUUUUGAAUAAUCUCUCCUCUUCAUAAUUUGUUGAGUGUAACGCUUUUUUUCCUUUUGUGGGUUAGGGGAGAUGUUUCUUCAAUGUUCGCGUCUGCUGAAGAGGUAAGCUAGAAUGGUUCUUUCAUUUACAGUUAAGUUUACAUUGCCCUCCUACUGUGAUGGCAAUCUUUGUAAGGUAGUGUGAGAGAGAACGCAUUUGCCUAAAGAAAAGGUGACUGCAGAAACGCUACUCAAAGGAAGGGCAUUGGUGGAAAAUUAGAGUGCUUUUCAAUUGAGUGUGGUUAAAACCAAACCCAGUAAUCACAAUGGCCAAUCAAAAGAGAGGAAACUACUCUUAGAGCCAAUGAGAACUCAAGGUAAAGGCGCGAGAAAAUGCGAGAGACCAGCUCGUGCUUGGUUUUAGCUUUGCAUCUUAUUGGUUAAGAAAGUGGCGCGAGUUUUCUGGACCAAUCACGUGAUGAAGUUAAUAACAAAACAAAGCAAUGCCGGAUUUCUUUUGACACUGGAUGGAAAAUUGCUCUACUGCUAUGCUGUCUUUUUUAAUUGUAAUCGUUUGUUUGUCUUUUUAAUAUUUUUCUUAGUUCGCCCAUCUGCUUGAAAAUUCCAAAGCUUCAAGAGGUGGCACCUAUGAUGUCAAACGAGGGAGCGCCAGCGACAAGCAACUUCGAUGGGAAGAGAAAAAGACGGGGAAAAACUGGAAUACAAAGAGAGGAAAUCGGGGUCGUGGAAGGGGCGGAAGUAAAGGUCCGCGAAGAGAAUCCAAUGUCAAUCGGAGAACAAAUUUUAGAUCAAAAGGAAGAGGUGGAAAAAGGCUAAGAUAGUACAAUCUGCCCUCUCCUUGAUUUGUUUGCGUAGAAAUCCAUCCAAUGUCAAGGCAUACUAUGAAAGCGACACAACGAAUAGUUACUAAUUGGAAAGUGGAUUUCAAAAGGCAAAAGUUCUCAGAAUUACCUAUUAACCUAGGAAUGGACGUUACUGUAAAUGAAUGCUAUGGCUUGAACAAUUUUACUCUGUUUAUCUUGCAGUUUUUCGAUUAAUUCAUUUAGUUUUUUUUUGUCAAUAGUAUCCUUUACUCCUCUCUGAACAUUUAUGACAGGCUUGUCAUCUCAUAUCUCACUCG